AUGCCCCCCUACUUCUGCAUGAGUGGAUGCGUCUCCUUAUCUGCACCUCUGUCACGAUGUCGUGUGCACCUCGUCCCCUUCCUGCCUACAUCCACCAGCACCUUUGUGGCCACCGCCUCCUUUUUUUCCCUCUAUGUCACCCUUUUCUCAGAGAUGUUGGCUACGUUUCAGAGCAGCACUUUCUCUGCCUCCAUGUCCUAAACUGAAGACAUGCAGGUGGCCUCCAAGGACUGUGUCGCCCUAUCCAUCUACAUCUUCACCUUCCUGCUUGGCCUCCCUGCCAACCUCCUGGUCCUCUUCGUGUACGUGCGCAAGGCCCGCAAGCGUGGCGCAACACCCAAUGUAGUCUACGCUCUCAAUUUAUGCCUGGCCAACCUGGUGCUUGUCGCCUGGCUGCCCGUCAAAACUCUGGAGACUUUGCUUCAGGACUGGAGGCUGCCGGCGCCCGUCUGCCCCAUCUACAGCCUCUUCCUCUUCUCCUCACUCUACGGUAGCUGCCUGUUCAUCACCGCCGUGACAGUAGGGCGCUACCUCAGCAUCGCGUUCCCCAUCGUGUACAAGAGAUACCGCCGUGCUCGGAUCUCUUGCUUCAUCAGCGCUGCCUUGUGGGCUUUGGUGUUCUUUCACCUCAGUUUCGCCCUGGUGGCUGAAGGCGGCGCGAACUUCGUCUCCGUUAAGGACGACACCUCAGCGUGCUACGACCACUUCAACGCGUCCCAGCUGGCUGUUCUGCUACCUCUACGCCUUGAGAUGGCCAUUGUCUUGUUUCUUUUGCCCCUCAUUGUGACGUCUUUUUGCACGCUGCGCUGUGUCACCCUUGUGUGGCGCUCAAACUUGCGCCCCAUGGGGAAGAGAAGAGUCUUGACUGUCGCUCUCUCCACACUGGCUGUGUUUGUGGUAUGCUACGCGCCCUACAACGCCUCGCACAUUGUGGGGUUCGUGUUGAGGGUAAAUGUGGACUGGAGGACGUACGCCAUGCUGACAAGCUCCUGUAAUGUUUUCCUGGAGCCCAUCGUCAUGCUAAUGCUGUCGCCAGCAGUGUCGAAGGGAGUCAUGGGAAGAAUCUGCGGGCGGCAAAGCCAAUUCAGCCGGAUUGAGGGGCGUCGGCAUCGAUGUAAUAGCACUGCUGUAAAUGUCAAGCAAACACACACGCUGUCUGAGAGGAGCCAGGCGGGGGCCGAGGUGACGAAAGUCAGUCAGGAGUGA